UCCCCGCGGUCAGCGAUAGUUUCCGCUUCCGCCGUGCGUGUCAUUUUGCCAGCGUUUCUCAAACACGGAGUCCGGACCUUUUUGGACCUGCAGACGGAACCGAAUUGAUCUGCGCAUUAAUCAGAGAGGACGGAGAAGCAUGGACCGGAAACGGUCUCCUCUUAAACCGGGUCUGGACUCGGAUCUGGACCUCAGGAUUGGACGUCUGGAGCAGAAUAAGACAGAGCCCAGGAACAAACAUACCAACAGGAGGCGUCGACUCAAGUCCAGACUGGACCUGAACGCUAUGAUCCUGGUGCGUCAGACGGCGUCCAUCUUUAAACAACCGGUUUCCAUGGUAACCAACCACCCCAGCAACAAGGUGAAGACAGACCAGAGGAGGGAUCUGGAUCAGCCCAAACAGCUCUUCUGGAACAGGAAGUUGUUUGGUCUGAGUGCGUUGGAUGCCGUUGACCAGUCCGUCCAGAUGAAUCUUCCUGCCGUUUUUCACAGUGUCGCCCCUUCGUAUUCAGAGCAAUCGCUGCUGGCUGCCAUUGCUGGCACUCUGCACUCAGGUCCCGCCCCCUCGAGUCAGCUUACCUUGACUGGAAGUUUCGGAGUCACCGACAACGACAUCAGAUUGCUUAUUGUAUUGACCCGGUUGGACCUGGUUCUGGUCCAGGAGGCAGGAGGUUCUGGUCCAGGGUGUGAGGAGGCGUCUGGAGGCGGUUCUGAUGGUCCACAUGGCAGCGAAUACAGAGAAGACCACAGCAGACGGAUCAGAACAAAACCACCAACGGCAGGUCGAUCUGAUGCAACAUUAAACUCUGCCUCUGGGACGAGUUGGUUUGAGUUCAUCCAUGAUGCGUUCAAGGACUCUGAGUUCAGGUGGUGUUUGUAAAACUGUUGAAAAGGACGAUUCAGACGUGAGUAGAGGCACCGGUCACAUCCACAGUGAGCGCUCUGGAUUCCCAGGGGACUCCAACAUAGCAUCUGCUGGUGUUUUUGUUUGGGCGAUCAGCUGAUUGGGCGUCGGUGCAUUUGUUCGGAUUUUCAAACACAUGAAACUCUGAAUGUUUUUGUCGUAGUUUUCAUUCAUUCCAAUGGGUUUUGUUUCUAUUGCUUAAAUAAAUGCGUUUUU